GUGUUGUUGCAAUGGUGGUGUCGGUGAGACAUUGAAUGACUUUGGCUCCAUCACGAAAUUAGCUGUUUUAUUAAACUAAACCGCUGUCAUGGAGGCUCUCAUUCCCGUUAUUAACAAACUCCAGGAUGUUUUCAACACAGUGGGAGCGGAUAUUAUCCAGCUGCCGCAGAUAGCAGUAGUGGGAACACAGAGCAGUGGUAAGAGUUCAGUGCUUGAAAGCCUGGUGGGCAGGGACCUGCUUCCCCGUGGGACUGGUAUCGUGACCAGGCGACCUCUCAUCCUGCAGCUGGUCCAUGUAGAUCCUGGAGACGCGAGAAAGAAUGAUGAGAGUGGCAGAGAAGGUGAAGAGUGGGGGAAGUUUCUGCACACAAAAAAUAAGAUCUACACAGAUUUUGAUGAAAUCAGGCAAGAAAUCGAGAAUGAAACAGAUCGAGUCUCAGGGAAUAACAAGGGGAUCAGCGAUGACCCGAUUCAUCUGAAGAUAUUUUCUCCUCACGUUGUCAACCUCACACUGGUGGAUCUGCCAGGAAUCACGAAGGUGCCUGUGGGUGAUCAGCCUAAGGACAUCGAGGUUCAAAUAAGGGAUCUUAUCCUGAAGCACAUCUCAAACCCCAACUGCAUCAUCCUGGCUGUCACCGCCGCAAACACAGACAUGGCCACCUCGGAGGCCCUCAAGGUGGCGCGGGAGGUCGACCCUGACGGUAGGAGGACGCUUGCUGUGGUAACCAAACUCGACCUGAUGGACGCUGGGACCGAUGCCAUGGAUGUUCUGAUGGGCAGAGUCAUUCCAGUCAAACUGGGACUCAUAGGAGUCGUCAACAGGAGCCAGCUGGACAUCAACAACAAGAAGUCAGUAGCUGAUGCAAUUCGAGAUGAGCACGCUUUCCUGCAGAAGAAAUAUCCCUCCCUCGCAACGAGGAAUGGCACCAAAUACCUGGCCAGAACGCUGAACAGGCUACUGAUGCAUCACAUUCGAGACUGUCUCCCUGAGCUGAAGACACGGAUCAACGUCCUGGCAGCUCAGUACCAGUCCCUGCUCAGCAGCUACGGCGAACCCGUUGAAGACCAGAGUGCCACCUUGCUCCAGCUCAUCACAAAGUUCGCCACAGAAUACUGCAACACCAUCGAGGGCACGGCCAAAUACAUAGAGACAGCAGAGCUGUGCGGUGGAGCCAGAAUUUGUUACAUAUUCCAUGAGACUUUUGGCAGAACGCUUGAGUCUGUGGAUCCUCUGGGAGGACUCAGCACCAUUGACAUCCUAACAGCCAUAAGGAACGCUACAGGCCCACGUCCGUCCCUGUUUGUGCCUGAGGUUUCCUUCGAGCUGCUGGUGAAGAAGCAGGUAAAGCGCCUGGAGGAGCCCAGCCUUCGCUGCGUGGAGCUGGUCCACGAGGAGAUGCAGAGGAUCAUCCAGCACUGCAGCAACUACAGCACACAAGAGCUGCAGAGGUUCCCAAAGCUGCAUGAAGCCAUCGUGGAAGUUGUCACUUCCCUCCUGAGGAAGAGACUGCCCAUCACCAACGAGAUGGUCCAUAACUUAGUUGCAAUAGAGCUGGCCUACAUCAACACCAAACAUCCAGACUUUGCUGACGCCUGUGGAGUCAUGAAUAACAACAUAGAGGAGCAGAGGAGGAACAGGAUGAGAGAGCUGCCCGCUGCAGUGCCCAGGGAUAAGGCCCCAGCAGCAGCAGGGCCUCCGGGCGAGCAGGACAGCACAGGGAACUGGAGGGGAAUGCUGAAGAAAGGCGAGGAUGCUCCCGGCUCGGGACCAGGAAGCCCUCUCAAAGGGGCCGUGAACCUGCUUGAUGUGCCGGUGCCGGUUGCCAGGAAGCUUUCAUCACGUGAGCAGCGGGACUGUGAGGUGAUCGAACGCCUCAUCAAGUCUUACUUCCUCAUCGUCCGAAAGAAUAUCCAGGACAGUGUUCCAAAGGCAGUGAUGCACUUCCUGGUCAACCACGUGAAGGACAGCCUCCAGAGCGAGCUUGUCGGCCAGCUGUAUAAAUCGGGCCUCCUCAACGACCUGCUGACUGAAUCAGAAGACAUGGCCCAGCGGCGCAAAGAGGCCGCUGACAUGCUACAGGCGCUGCAGAGAGCCAGCCAGGUGAUCGCUGAGAUCAGAGAAACACAUCUGUGGUGAAAUAUCGAGGAGGGCUGCUUUCACCUCAUCAUGCCUAAAGGAGCGACGCUCAGCACUCAUCAUGUCAGAACAAGUUUUGGAAAUGAAACCAUGAAAAUGCACUGAUCAGAUCCCUGCUAAUGUAGGUAUCAUGUAGGCACCAGAGCCAACUGAAGAAAUGUAAGUAAACUGAAGUUGUUUAUUUAUAAUGCUUGGUGUUGUUGAUUUUAUUUAAAUGCACUGCCUCUGUUUAAAAAUUAAAGAAUCUGUAGUUGCCUCUCAUGUCUCCUGGAGGAAUUUAAAGUGCAGCCAAAGGCAAAAGUACUUUUCAUUUUUGACAGACGGUGGUUAACCAGAAUGGAAAUGGACUUUUGUGUGAAGUGGAAAUGAAAGUUUUGAUGCCAUUUUGGCAUCUCCACAGAGCAUUCUUCUAAAUGUUAUGCCUCUAGGUUAUAGAAAAACAAAAAAAUAUAUUAUUCUUCUCCUCAUCUGCAGUCCUUUCAUUUGGGAAUAGCUGUCGUGUGUCAAAAACAUGGGACCUCAGAAGUCACAGCAGGGACUGGUUCGCUGAAGUUUAAUAGUCCUGUGUACAUACUCCACCUCUUUAUUUUUGCACUGUUUUCACCACACUGUACUGUAUAGAGAGUCCAUCAUCCUGACACUGUAACGCCAUCAGAAUCUUUAUUUAUUAAUGUUAUUUAAGUGUGUGGAUAAUGUAAUGAGCACUGCUGCAGCCUGCUGCAGUAGGUAGGUCAUUUCAUUUCGUUUACAUAUCGCUACCUGUAUGUGAAAAGUGCACUGUGCUUCCC